UAACCAAAACUAAUAGAUGUCAUAGACAAACUUAUUUUUUCAACUAUAAUAUCAAUCUUUGAAAAAAAUGGCGGAUAGCGAUGAUGAUAGUGUAGCGUCCUUUAAGACGGCUGAGGAGAUCAGCCCGUCGCGUGAGAAAACAAUUUUUCCUCUAAUGAGCCACGAGUUGAGCUCUCUGGAAAGGAAGCUUAAUCGAAUCGUAUACAUACAGCAGGCAGACGCGGCUUAUCACAAAGCACUUAACGAUAUGCGAGAUCAGUUGAGCAUAUCAGUGAUUGCGGAGCCUAGUUUAUAUGGACGCCACAGACCCGUAGCGGUGCUAGUGGUGGCCACGGCCAAUCAGACAUAUGUGUUCGAUAUCCAGGCACUGGGCGCCUUUUUUCCCGAGUUGAAAAAGCUGCUGGAGGCUAAAUAUCCGAGAAAAGUGGUGCACUAUAGUCAUCGUAUUUCCGAUCAGCUGUUCUAUAAGCACCAAAUUAAACUGACUGGAUUCAGCGACACAUUUGUGGCUCUGUGCGUAGCCCGGCAAGAUAAAAGUGCCUGCUCAUUGCCAGAAGCGAUUUCGUCAGUGCUUAAUAUUCCUCUAAGGGAACUGCUCUGCGACGAGGUCACCGGGGUAAGUGAGUCUCGCCAACUUUUCACAGCACGCCCAUUGAGCGGGGACCAGUUUCGUUUUCUGGGCAGGAUGGCCAUACUGCAGCACCAAAUGCACGACCGGCUGACCUUUGGCCACAUUUGUGCAGGGAUGCAACGCAUGUCUGCUACAUUUAGUCAAAGCUUCUGCCGUUUCCGAAAUGGGUACGAUGUGGCACCUUAUAUGGGUCCCAAAAGCCGAUUUGGCUUCCAAUACAUCGAUACGUACUACAAGUCAGCCGUAGGCUCUCUGCCGGUGGACUAUGAAAUUGAUCAUGCAGAAAAAUAAGCAAUUAAUCAAAUUUUCCUUGAAGAAAUAGAAUCCCUGAACUGAAAAAGAGAAAGAAGAGACCUGAAUUUCAGCAUUAAGAAAUACAUCCAUGAAAUACAUAUAAAAUAGUUAUCAUACCUUCCGAACAUAGAUCUAAUUUGAUUUAUUGAUCUAAUUUGACCGUUGAAUGAAAUCAUUAAUACAAUACAACUGCCGUAGGCAAUACAAAUUAUCAUUAGUUUCACACA